GAAAGUCGUGCGCCUGCGCACUAAGCAUCCCGUUCGGUCUGGAGUCUGAGGGAAGAAGGUCCUUCCCCGCGGAGCUCGCAAUCCGCGCUCGCCGAGGGAUCCCAUUCAUUCUCUUCCUCCGCCCGGCGCUCGUGAGCCGUGUCGUAUCAGUUCUCCACCAACUUGCGUGGGGCCUUGGACAAGCCUCCUGGCGCUCCCUUUCAGCAAUCAAACGAUCUCCUCCUCCGACCCUCUUCCUCAGGUCGAACCGCUCUCCCCACUAAGGCCUCUCCCCCCGCAUUCGCUGCCUCUGCAGUUCCCACCGUCUCCCUUGCCCCUGACGGCGGCUGCCGGGGAGACUCCUCUGUUAGGCACAUUUCCCUUCGGCCCCCUGCCGGUGUUUCUGGGAGGUGAAAGUGGAGCCCAUGGAAUCCUUAGAAAUGGCUCACGGUUUUCCUUCCUUUGGGGAUUUGGACAUACGUAUGCCGAGUUUCACAGCUGCUUUGCUCCCCCUGUGGACAUGACCCCUUAGCUGGCGUUUUGCGCCGCAGUCGCUUUGCGAUGGAGGCUUCUUUAGGGAUUCAGAUGCAGGAGCCAACGGCUUUUUCUCCUCGCGGCCGGUUUCUGGCGGAUGGCUCAUUAAAACAUGAGCAGAAUUUUAAACUACCAGGUGUUAAGAAAGAUAUUCAGAAGCUUUACGAAGCUGUACCACAGCUUGGUAAUGUGUUUAAGAUUAAGGACAAAAUUGGAGAAGGCACUUUCAGCUCUGUGUAUUUGGCCACAACACAGUUAAAAGUGGGACCUGAAGAGAAAAUUGCUCUGAAACACCUAAUUCCAACAAGUCAUCCUGUAAGAAUUGCAGCUGAGCUUCAGUGCCUAACAGUGGCUGGGGGGCAAGACAAUGUCAUGGGAGUUAAAUACUGCUUUAGGAAAAAUGAUCAUGUGGUUAUUGCUAUGCCAUAUCUGGAACAUGAGUCCUUUUUGGACAUUUUGAAUUCUCUUUCUUUUCAAGAAGUACGGGAAUAUAUGUUUAAUCUGUUCAAAGCUUUGAAACGCAUUCAUCAGUUUGGUAUUGUUCACCGUGAUGUUAAGCCCAGCAAUUUUUUAUAUAAUAGGCGCUUGAAAAAGUAUGCCUUGGUAGACUUUGGUUUGGCCCAAGGAACCCACGAUACGAAAAUAGAGCUUCUCAAAUUUGUCCAGUCUGAAGCUCAGCAGGAAAGCUGUUCACAAAAUAAAUCCUAUGUAAUCACCGGAAACAAAAUUUCAUUGAGCGGCCCAGCAGCACCUAAGGAGCUGGAUCAGCAGCCUACCACAAAAACUGCUGUUAAAAGGCCCUACACAAGUGCACAGAUUCAGAUUAAACAAGGAAAAGAUGGAAAGGAGGGAUCUGUAGGCCUUUCUGUCCAGCGCUCUGUUUUUGGAGAAAGAAAUUUCAAUAUACACAGCUCCAUUUCACAUGAGAGCCCUGCAGUGAAACUUAUGAAGCAGUCAAAGACUGUGGAUUUACUAUCUAGAAAAUUAGCAACAAAAAAGAAGGCUAUUUCUACAAAAGUUACGAAUAGUAGUGUGAUGAGGAAAACUGCCAAUUCUUGCCCAGCUAGCCUGACCUGUGACUGUUAUGCAACAGAUAAAGUUUGCAGUAUUUGCCUUUCAAGGCGGCAACAGGUUGCACCUAGGGCAGGUACACCAGGAUUCAGAGCACCAGAGGUCUUGACAAAGUGCCCCAACCAAACUACAGCAAUUGACAUGUGGUCUGCAGGUGUCAUAUUCCUUUCUUUGCUUAGUGGACGAUAUCCAUUUUAUAAAGCAAGUGAUGAUUUAACCGCUUUGGCUCAAAUUAUGACAAUUCGUGGAUCCAAGGAAACUAUCCAGGCUGCUAAAACUUUUGGCAAAUCAAUAUUGUGUAGCAAAGAAGUUCCAGCACAAGACUUGAGAAAACUCUGUGAGAAGCUCAGAGGUGUAAAUUCUAACACUCCUAAAUUAACAAGUGAUAUACAAGAGGUCACUUCUCAAGACCCAGCUUUUUCAGAGAAGAUGGACCAUAAAGGUGCUCACCUCAUACAAACACCUAAAGCACAACACUCAGGGAAUUCAUUGUGUAAAGGGGACAGUAAUGGCUGUGGGGGUAAUCUUGAUGAGUCUCCUACCAAUCUAGAAGGCUGGGAUGAGGUACCUGAUGCAGCUUACGACCUGCUUGAUAAACUCCUAGAUCUAAAUCCGGCUUCAAGAAUAACAGCAGAAGAAGCUUUGUUGCAUCCAUUUUUCAAAGAUAUGAGCUUAUGAUUAUUGUUCUUUAAAGUUUGCUGUUGUGUAUUGUGAGGUGAGGUGAAAAAGAGUUAUUUGUAAUAGCCAUAAAUUCUUGAUUGGAGACCCGGGCAGGGUGAAUAAUUUGUUUAAAAAUCUCCUGGCAGAUUCUAAAAUAUGGAUUAAGAUUACUUAAAAUGACUAGGAUAGUUCUUAGACUAACAAAAUGAUCUUUGAGUUUGAUCUACCCGAGUAGGAUCAGAUCUUUCAUUUCCCUAAUUACUUGUCACUGCCAUAUGCAGAAAUAAGAGCAGUUUUAGCCUAGUACAUAGGGGUUCAAGGUACGAGUCUUAAAAUUAAAGGUUGUGACAGGGAUUAAAUGAGUCAAAAGACUUAGUUUACUGGUUUCUUCAAACUCUCUGUACUUUUGGAAAACUCCACCUGGUGCUGGUACUCUAACCAUUCUGUAGGUAAAGAAGAUAAUUUCCUUUUCUAGAGGCAUAUAUUAUACCUUUUAUGAACACUAAAACAAUGAGAAAAUAUUGGGGGGGUAUUACUUGAAAUUGAAUUUAAUUUAUUCAUUUUUUUAAAGUAUUUUGUGAAAGCAUUUUUUGUGUGAAUUGCCAUGUUUUUCUUAAUGGUUUCUCUUGAUUUUUCUGCCUUCUCUAGCCCCACCUAACACAUUCUCCUUGGAAAUUUUAUGAUACUUUCCACAAAGUUUCUGGGUGCUUUGUUAAAUAUUGCCUGUGUUCACAGUUGAGAAAUUAAAAUAAUGUGUUCACUGGUUGAUAAAGGGAAGCUGCAGGACUAAGGUAGAUAUUGAUAGUCCAAAAUGCUUUUCUUUUUCUCUGAACAUGUAUGGUUUUUUCAUACCAUCUUAGAUAUGAUUAGGUAGCUGCUAAAAGGAAAAGUGAACACAGAAUUGAGAAUAUUAUUGGAGAUUUUUCCUCUGCCUAGAGCCAUUCUAUAUCCUGUUUUGACCAAGUUGGUCCUGCUCAGAGAAGGAUGCUUACUAGUGUCUUGGGGUAGGUUGGGAAGAGUUCUAAUGAAGUAGGCAAUGUAGAAAAGGAACUAAGAUAGAGGUUUAUAUAUUACAACAUUUCAAAAUGAUAUAUAUAUCAAUGACAGCAUAUCAAAUUUACUAUGGGAAAUAAGUCUGCGAGUGUGGGCCUGCUGAGAAGUUUCCCACUUAGUAGUCAUAGAGGUAUAAUACAGCUAAGGAAGAUACAACAUUCUUUUUGUUGUUUUGAGCACUGAAGUUAGUAUGUCUUAUCUAUACUCCGUUUGGCAAGUAUUAUAUAUAUAUAUAUAUACCAUUACCAUUGAUCUGCUAUCUUCUCAUGCUGUAAUCUUUUUUUAAAAAAACUUGAACGUUCUUGAAUUUGUAUGUUUAAUAAAGUCAUCCUUUUAUAUUUUUUAUGUCAA